UCUGUAACGGACAUUAUAGAAUAUUGUUCAAUUUACCGUACGUUUCUGUCACUGAAGUUGGAGAAAGGGAAACCGAUAAACGUAACGUUAUGUAUUGUCGUAUGCAAGCUGUUAAUAUCGGAUAAAGCCACGGGGCUGCAUAUGCACAUGUCUCACCGCUGGCUGCCGUAGCCUGAGUACAGCUCCUGCACCGUCAGGGCCACCCAAGCUGAACUCUAAGCUUGUUCUCUUCCUGUGUCAGCGGUUCCAUGAUGUGGAGCAGAUGGUUUUCUGGAGUUCCCGGCUAAAGAACUGGAUUCUGAGGCGUAAGAAUGUUUACUAUGGCUACACACAAGGUCGUUAUGGGGACAACAUCGCUGCCGCGUACUACAUUCUGAGCAUGAAGGGCGGUUUCAGGUUUGCUGGGCAGUCAGAUUGGUUCCGGACCAACCACAGAGGAAAGUUCAGCUGGGAUUUUCUGAAUUUCCCAGAUGUCCCGGUUGAGGAGGUGGACCUGAGUGGAACAGUAAUUAAUUAUUCAGGGUUGAACAACAUAGCAAAUCAGCGGGGGCUGCGUUCCCUCUCGCUGCGUGGCUGUCCCCAGGUGGACGACUGGUUCCUGUCCCGCCUGCACAUGUUCAGGGACAGCCUGGAGGAGCUGGACCUGUCCCACUGUCCACGGAUAACCGUGGGGGGGCUGGCCUCCCUGCAUAACCUCAGAAAGCUAAGGAGGCUGGACCUGUCGUCCCUCCCCCAGCUGCAGAGCCCAGGGCUGGUGCGAAUGCUGCUGGAGGAAGUGCUGCCUCACUGUCACAUCAGCGGAGUGGAGUACACACAGGGCCUGGCUGAGACAGACACGCAUACAGACACACAGACUGAGACAACCCAGCUCACUGAGGACCACACACACACACAGGGUCCCCACAGACAAACCUUGACACAGUGACCUAAACACACACACACACACACACAUACAGUCUCCACAGGCAAACCCUAAUGCAGUGACCUAAACACACACACACACACGCACACACAUGUAUACACCUACAAACACAAAGUCAAUCCUCACAAUGGCUUUGACAGACAGGAGAAGGGUUUGGAACUUAAAGCACUGUGGAUUCAAUUUUAUGCAAAGCCAUGGCCACAGCUACAGUAUAGAUAUAAACUGUAACCUAUCCGUCUGCACCAUCUGCCUGUACAUAUUUUGUAAAAAUGUUAGCAAUGGAAGCUCUGCUUGACCGAUUGGUAAAGUAAUGUCAUAUGAAGCCUAUGUACAGUAAUAAAUAAAAUGGUGGUCAAAUUUCCAAAAGUAACUUUGUGUGUGUGUGAACAGGGCGGCCUGUAGCGUAGUGGUUACGGUAAAUGACUGGGACACGCAAGGUUGGUGGUUCUAAUCCCGGUGUAGCCACAAUAAGAUCCGCACAGCCAUUGGGCCCUUGAGCAAGGCCCUUAACCCUGCAUUGCUCCAGAGGAGGAUUGUCUCCUGCUUAGUCUAAUCAACUGUACGUAGCUCUGGAUAAGAGCGUCUGCCAAAAAUCUUGAGCCUGUCUGGCUGCUUGAAAUGUUUUUUUUAUUUUUUAUUUUAUUUUAUUAAUCUUGAUUCAGGCCUUUUUAUUAUUGGGAAAAGUUUGAAUGUCUAAGUAUGUACAGUAUAUUUGAGAUUUUGGUUGUUAUUGAUGAUGUGAUACUGUAAAAAAUGGAAAUAAAAUAAUUUAUUAACUGA